AUGCGGUUCUCCGAUCGAGUCUCUCUCCUCGCCUCGGCUAUCCUUACAAUUCCCUCUCUAUCGAACGCCUUUUACCUUCCUGGCGUUGCCCCGACCUCCUACGACCAGGGUCAAUCCGUCCCAGUCUAUGUCAACAGCCUGACGCCCGGGCUCUCGCGCGAUGAUCAGCUCCAUUCCGUCUUCGCAUACGAGUACUACCAUACGGCCUUUCACUUUUGCCGGCCAGAGGGAGGAUACCACGAUGUGAGAGAAUCGCUAGGAAGCAUCCUGUUCGGUGACCGAAUCUAUACCUCCCCGCUCGAGGUCAAGAUGGCCCAAAACGAGACAUGUAAAUCCAUAUGCUCGGAGGUCACCUUCGAUGCACGCAGUGCCAAGUUUACCAACCGCCGGAUCGCCCAGGGAUACAACAUCAACUGGCUGCUGGAUGGCCUCCCAGCAGCGCAAUUGAACCUUGACGGGAACACCAAUACCGAGUUCUACAAUCCGGGAUUUGCUUUGGGUGAAUUGGAUGAUAAUGGACAAGCUUUGCUAAACAACCACUUCGACAUCAUCAUCGAUUACCACCGGGUCGGCUUUGGCGGCAAAGACAAAUACCGCAUCGUCGGGGUUCUCGUUCAGCCGGACACUCGUGGCGACGCACGGGUUCUGGACGAUGGAGAGGCUGAAUGUGGGACUCGAGGCAGUGCUCUGAGCCUCAAUGAAGACGGCGAUACACCAGUGACAUGGACCUACAGUGUUCUUUGGAGAGAGUCUAACACCGCAUGGGCCACCCGUUGGGACAAGUACCUGCACGUUUACGAUCCAAAGAUUCACUGGUUCUCGCUUAUCAACUCCGCGGUAUUUGUGGUCUUCCUGGUCGGCAUGGUCAGCAUGAUUCUUGUUCGUGCGCUGAAGAAAGAUAUUGCGCGCUACAACCGACUCGAGUACAGCCUCGAUGAUCUUGACGGGACCUCUGCCGCAGUUGAGGACGGGAUUCAAGAGGACUCCGGAUGGAAGCUAGUCCAUGGAGAUGUCUUCCGCUGCCCCAAGUCCCCGCUACUGCUGAGUGUUUUGCUCGGUAAUGGUGCUCAACUUUUCAUGAUGACCGGUGUUACUGUCGCCUUCGCUCUCCUCGGCCUUCUUUCCCCCGCGAACCGUGGAUUCCUGGCUACGGCCAUUCUUCUAAUUUCUGCUUUCUUUGGCGCCAUUGGUGGAUACGUUUCCUCCCGCGUGUACAAGGCCUUCGGCGGGGAGGCAUGGAAGCGCAACAUUAUCAUGACUCCACUCUUGAUUCCUGGAUUCAUCUUUGGUGUCUUUUUCCUUCUCAACCUAUUUGUCUGGGCCAAGGGUUCUAGUGGCGCCGUGCCGUUCGGCACUAUGCUCGCAUUGCUUUUGAUCUGGUUCGUCAUCAGCGUGCCACUAAGUGUGAUUGGCAGUUGGAUUGGGUUCCGUCAAGCGGCGCUUGAGGGCCCGACAAAAACGAAUCAGAUCCCCCGCCAGGUUCCCCCGAUGACGGGCAGUCUGCGCACCAUCCCUUCGAUUUUCCUGACCGGCAUUCUUCCCUUUGGUGCCAUCUUUGUCGAACUAUACUUUAUCAUGACUUCCCUUUGGACCAACAAGAUCUACUAUAUGUUCGGCUUCCUGUUCCUGUGCUACGGACUGAUGAUCAUCACUUCUGCCGCCACGACCAUCCUACUGGUUUACUUCUUGCUCUGCGCCGAGAACUACCGGUGGCACUGGCGUGCCUUUGCCGGAGCCGGUAUGACUGGUGGGUAUGUCUUCCUGAAUGCGCUCAUCUUCUGGGCGACACGCGUCAGCUUUGGUGGUCUGACUGGUGCGGUGCUCUACGUGGGCUACUCCGCAUUGAUCGGUUUCGUCGUCUUCAUUCUAACCGGGUCGAUCGGAUUCUUCGCCAGUUGGGCGUUUGUUCACCGUAUCUACGGAUCCAUCAAGGUGGACUAG